AUGCCGCUGGUUACAGCGUUACGUGUAACAAUGCCUCACCUCGCCAUGCCGCCCGCUGCACUGCCUCGCCGUUACAGGAUCAGCAGCGGCAGGAACUGCAUGCUCAAGAACGACCGUUACAGGAACGACGGUUACAGGAACGACGGUUACAGGAACGACGACAACAAGAACGAUGGCUCCAGGAACGUCGAUUACAGGAAUACGCACGCGCAGCAGCGAUUCUGGGUGGCGGAAGUGGCGCGCCUGGAGGCGCAAGUGGCGGAGACCAGGCGGCAGAUGGAGGAGAUGCGGACGGAAAGACGGGCAGCGGAGAGGGAAGCGGAGCGGAGGGGGAGGGAGGUGCGGAGGCUUGAAGAGCGGGUGGAGAGUGGGGAGAGGGAGAGGCGGGUUCUCAUGGGGGAGGUGGAAUUGGUGAAGGCACAACUGAGGAAGGUGAGACUGAUGGUGGGGGAAGAGGGAGGUUUGGUGAACCGAGGGCAAGAGAGGAUCGAGGGUGAGGGUGUGGGAAGAGAGAGUGUGGAUGGUUCGGGGGUUGGAGAGGAGUGGGGAAGCGAGUUAGCAGCAAUUAACGGGUUUGGUCAGAGGCCGGGAGUAGUUGGGGAGAAGAAGAGUGCGAAAAACGAGGAGAGGAAGCGUGGAAGGGGGGAGGAUGAGGAGGAUAGGGAUAGAGGGGUGGGGAAUGAGAAGGAGAGACGUGGGAGGGAGGAGGGCGAUGCGGAUAUGAGUAGACGAGAGAAGUCUAGUUUUGAGGCGGAUAUGAGUAGACAAGAGAAGGAUGAGGUGGAUGGGCGUAGGGAGGCGGGGAGUGAGGAGGUCAGGCCGCAGAGUGUUGACAGGUGCACUUCGGUUCUGGGACCACUUGCAGCAGAGAGGGCACAUGCAGUGAGGGAGGGCGGUGCAGCAGAAGCAGCUGUGGCAGGGCUCUCCCGCCAGCUGGCAGUCCAGCUGGCACGCUUGGGUAGGCUGUCAAGACCGUUGGCGAGGGGUGGGGACUUGGGUGGCAAGCAGGUGGUUGCGGUGGGAUUUGAUAUGCGGGCGGCAGACAGGAUGGAGGGUGAUGUGUGGAGAGAGGGUGAGGAGGGUGUUGAAAGGCUCGCUUACAGCCUCCCUGUCUCCGCACACCUCCUGCUCUCCUCCUCCUCCCACACCUCUGCUCUCUGCCACCCCUCCUCUCUCUCCCACCUCCACUCCCCCUCUCUCCCCCGCUUCCCUCUCCCCCCACACUCCACCCUCUCAGGACUCCAACGGCUCCCCCCCUCUCUUCCACAGUUCCUCCCACCUCCUCCUCCCACCUGCACCUCCUCCUCUCUUCCCCACCCCCACCACUCCUUCCGCCUUCCUCUCACAGCUCUUCGCAUUUGGUCCCAUCCGUCCCGCUCCCGUCCCUUCUCUUCCACCCCCUCCUGUCCACUCCACCUCCUCUGA